UGCAUCAUACUGGAGACCCCGUUGAGAGGAUCUUUUCUCUCUAUAAAGAGAAGAUGCGGCUCGCGCGUCUUUGAGUUGUUCGCACUGGAUUUUUGCAGCGCGCGCACCUCUGUUGGCAACUUCAACUGGUUCAACUGACUGCGAACAGAAAAUACAUUUUUACCCGGAACAUUUGAAUGAAACAGGAUUUCCCAGAGUCGGAGUGUUUAAAAAAAAAAAAAAAAGAAAAAAAGAAAAAAUCUUGAUGCACGCAUUCUGCAGCAUCUCCAGCGAUAGUUUCAGAUUCCGUGCGUUCUCGGUGCAGUUUGUGCUGCGGGUGGGGAACAGGAGCGCGAGGACAGAUGGCUGCGCUCACGAUACAGAGGACUGACAACUUUUUACACACCUUCCUGCAGGACCGGACGCCCAGCUCCUCUCCGGAGGGAGCGCCCAACGCCCUCUCCUUCCUGGCCACCACCUGCAGCCAGGCCUGGCAGGUGGGCAGCACCAUGGGCUCGGAUGGGUCACAGUUUCCCUACGAAGGCACGGUCAGUUCCACAGCUGGAAUGUUUCAGCUAUGGAGCAACGACAUGGCCCCCAGCACUGCCCUCAGCACGCACCAGAUGACUUUCACGGUGCCCAAGGUGCAAUUUCCUGGGCACAUGCAGUCCGGCCUGGGUCACCACCAUCAUCAUCACCACCACCAUCCUCAUCAUCACCACCACGAGCUGCCUCUGACCCCACCGGCUGAACCUGCGUCCUCCUACUCCUUCGAACUGUCCCCUGUUAAGGUGCUGUCUUCGCAGCCGCAGUCCAGCAGCCCCUAUUACCCCCAACACAACAGCGUGGGCCAAAACUUCCCCAGCUUUCUGCAGAAUUCCUCCGCCAGGCAUCACCUUUCGGGCGGCCACGUGGAGGACGGGCAGCAGUGGUGGAGCCUCCCACAAACCAACAGCGCUCCAGCUAACCAUCCCUUCUCCCUGGGCAGGCAGCUGGUUUUGGGUCACCAGCCGCAGAUAGCCGCUCUCCUCCAGGGCACCUCCAAGGGUUUGCUGAGCUCCACGCGCCGCUGCCGGCGAUGCAAAUGUCCGAACUGCCAGACGAACAGCGGGGGGCUGGAGUUCGGCAAGAAGAGACUGCACAUCUGCCACAUCCCGGAGUGCGGCAAAGUGUACAAGAAGACUUCCCACCUGAAGGCGCACCUGCGCUGGCACGCCGGGGAGAGGCCCUUCAUCUGCAAUUGGCUCUUCUGCGGCAAGAGCUUCACGCGCUCGGACGAGCUGCAGCGGCACCUCCGCACGCACACCGGGGAGAAGAGGUUCGGGUGCCAGCAGUGUGGCAAGAGGUUCAUGAGGAGCGACCACCUGUCCAAACACGUGAAAACCCACCAGAGCAGGAAGGGUCGGUCCGGGCAGCCCCCUCAGGGCACAGACCCAAUGCUCGCUAGUAUUAAAAGAGAGUGAUCUGCUUUAUACAGAUUAAAAUAAAGCAAGAAAAAAAUAAAUUAUAACUGUGAGAAUCCCAUUGACUGCCAUAGAUUUGCACUACAGGGUAAGCGCUCCCUGAAUGUUAUUCUUCCUUGUCAGAAUCCUGCUUUUGAACUAACCUGGACUUUGGUUGAGUGAAAUUCUGAUUGUUGUUGACCCUAAGAUGAAGCUUUUGCAGUGAUACUGUGAUAGUUCAGUGAGAAGGAUUAAAGAGCCUUUGAUAUUCAUUAUGUAAAUCUUAUUUAAAUUUCAACUGGUGUGAAAGUCUAUUUUUUCAGACUUUAUUGUGUAAAUAUUUGACUAUGUUAAACAGCUGAUGAUAGGGUUCUACCUUAAUAUGUGCUCUAAAGAAUUAAGUUGAAUAUAAAUGUAUGCCUUAGCUGGAAAACUGCAAUUAUCUCUGAAAUUAUUGGGGGGAAAAAUUGCAAAUCUUAACUCGGUUUUCAUUCUGGAUUUGUCCAACUGUCGCCCAGAAAUAGUUUAGAAAUUUUAACUCUUGGAUUUGUCUGUUUUUAAGAGGCAAAGUGAUCAAAUACGCUGCAGAUCAAUUCUUUUAAGCUUUAAAUUGUUUGUAAGUCAUGUAAAACUAUUCAAAACGAUUUUAUUUGGGUUUUGGCAGCAUGUAAAUUUGAAUAAACACUGUCAUGGAAAAAAAAAUAAGAAAAAUAGUUUCUUGUUGCAUCAUUCCUGUGUUUUGUAGAGUUUAACUUUCUCACCAGUUUGUCCAUUCAGAAAGAUCUAGUAUUUUGUUUCGAUGGUAAUUUGAUUGCUUUUAGAAUACAAAUGCUGUCCAUUGUGAUGCCAGUGUGAAGGAAGAAGCUCCUAAAAAACACCCAACAUGCUGGGGCUGUUCAAAGAUUUUCACACCUCAAAGUAAAUACUCAUACCAUUGAUGGGGGGCCAUUUGCACCGCCCGCUGCAAUCAAGUUCACAGUCAUGUGGCUUUUUAAUGAGUGUUUUCUUUUUUCUUCUUCUUCUUUUUUUUCCAAUAAAGAGGAUUGAGUCAACAGCUGCAUCACAGGCGCAGUGAAGAGGAAUUCCCUGUGAAUGGGACCCCUGUUUCCCGAGACCCCUCUGUGGUGACAGGAACUCCCUUUGAUUUUGCACCCUUGUGAAAGUUAAUACUCCCCUCCCUCCCUCCCUCCUCCCACCCAAGACCUCCAUAUAUCACGGCCGUGUUACGAUGGGCUCUGCUUUUACAGCCUAGAAUGAGGCUUUAUUCAGAUGGCCAGCCAACCAGAUGUCUGAUCAUCCAGGGGUUUCUUCUCUUUGUUUCAACUUCCUCUGGUGGGAAGCGAAAAUAAGUGAACUCUGUUGUCUUUGUUAGAAGUCCCACAGUGGAGGCCGAGUGAUUCCAAAGCGACAUUUGUACUUUAUUGCUGCCAUCGGUUUAUUUUCGUGCAAUCAGAGUGAGAAUCGCCUGUGCAGAAACCCCCAGGGCCAAGUCAAAAAAUCUAAAAUUUAUCCUAGAUAAAAGCCCUGGGAUGUAGCUAAAUUGAUUCUGUGAGAGAGUGAAAAACACUUCUUUUUCUUUACUGCAACAGCAGAGUCCACAGUGUGGCUAAGAGCAGUGCGGUCAGGCUAGUACUGCACAGGUAUCAAAAGUCAAGUACUGUCAAGCCAAACUUUGUGGAAAUUAGCUCUAUUUCUAUUAAUAAAAGCACUAAUUUCCAGCAAUGACCACAUAACUGAUGAUAAUGUCACAGUGACGACAUUUUAAAAGUUAUUUAGAGUCAUUCCAGUCACUGGAACAGAAACUCAGCUGAUGUAAACAUUCAGAGUUCUUGCAGCAUUCAGACUUACAGUCUGCAGAACUUGUUGCUAAUGCAAAUCUGACCAUCUGACUUUAUUAAUGUCUUUGAAAGGUAAAACUAUGAACAGAUGAGUUCAAACAUUAAAGUGGAGAUAGCAGCACUUAGAAAAAACAUUCUAAGGGAUAGCAUUAAUUGCUAAAUAAUUUUAGCAAUAGUUACAACACGCUAGAUGUGUAUAAAAACACAUUUGAGUUCACAAAUAAAUUUUGAGUUCACAAGUAAACAAAAUAAAAGUAAACUUGUUGCAUGACAAAAAUCCUUGUAUUAUGUUUGGAAGAAACUGAAGAGACUCUGACACAUAAACCCACACACUUUGCUCAGUUUCAAAAAGACACUUUUAUUUUAUAUGAUUCAACUCUUUCUAGUCGCUCAAAUGUGACAUCAACCAGUCUUCUCUCUGUAUUACACCUGUUACUUUUGGUUCUCUGUAGAGGUAUUCCUUUGUGUGUUUCAUGCAAAACCGAUUGAUCAGUCAUUCCAAUGAGAGCUCUGUAAAAUAAACUGAAGUUAAAAUCAGCCAAU